AAGCUCGGCUGCCAGGCGUGAAGAAAACCGCAGCGCAGGUUGGGAUACGUAGUCCACACUGCCUGCCACAGCUUUCGAUCUAAGGACCCACCUCGGCUCCUACUGAACGGAGGGAUAGACUUCCCCACGCCUCAGCCAAAAAACCAAAACAAAACAAAAAAAGCGGGGCAAGAAAAGGUAAACCAGAAGAGAAGAAAAUUUAAUUUCCAGAGGUGGUCAUAACUGGGCAUCCGCGCUUGCAACACCUAGGAAUGCGGUUGCUAUAGAAACCGUUGGCAGAGGUUCUUCCGUUUCCGCCGGCGGCAGCAGGCAACUGUUGCCUCGGCAACGGGGCUGCUGUGCCAUCGGAGGGCCGUGGAAGAUGGCCUCGGGGGUCGCUCCCAUCGCCGACGGGGAGUUCACGGCGACCAUUUACGGGCUGAUCAGGGCCGGGCGGUUCGCGGAGGCGGUGGGCAUCCUGAGCAGCGAGUUGCAGAAGAGCGGCCGCUCGCGGGCCGGGCUCUCCCUGCUGGGCUACUGCUACUACCAGCUGCAGGACUUCGUGGCGGCGGCCGAGUGCUACGAGCAGCUGAGCGCGCUGCACCCGGAGCUCCACGAGUACCGGCUCUACCACGCGCAGGCGCUCUACAAGGCCGGGCUGUACGCCGAGGCGCUGCGCGCCACCGUCCCGCUGCUCGACGCCCCGACCUUCCAGAGCCGAGCCCUGCGCCUGCAGGCGGCGGCCCACUAUGCCCAGGGCGACCUUUCCAAUGCCAAGGCCCUGGUGGAGCUGCAGCUGGCCGCCGCGGCGGAAGCCGGCCCCGGGAGUGCGGAAGACCCUUCGGAGCUGCCGGAUGCCGAGGUGAACAUGGGCUGCCUGCUCUACCGCGAGGGGCAGCACGAGGAGGCCUGCAGCAAGUUCGCCUCCGCCAUGCAGGUGCUGGGCUACUGCCCCGAGCUGUCCUACAACAUGGCCCUGUGCUGCUACGCCGCCAAGCAGUAUGCCCCUGCUCUGAAGCACAUCACAGAUAUCAUCGAGCGCGGCAUGCAGCAGCACCCAGAGCUGAGCGUGGGCACCAACACCGAGGGCCUGGACGUCCGCAGCGUGGGCAACACCUUGCUCCUGCAACGCACAGCCCUAGUGGAAGCCUUCAACCUCAAGGCUGCGAUCGAGUACCAGCUGUGCAACCUGCAGGCCGCCCAAGAGGCACUCACUGACAUGCCGCCGCGGGCGGAGGAAGAGCUGGACCCGGUCACCUUGCACAACCAAGCGCUGAUGAACAUGGACCGGCGGCCCACUGAAGGCUUCGAGAAGCUGCAAUUCCUUCUGCAACAGAAUCCGUGCCCACCGGAGACAUUUGGGAACCUGCUGCUUCUCUACGGCAAGUACCAGUAUUAUGAUCUGGCUGCAGAUGUGCUGGCUGAGAAUGCUCACCUGACCUAUAAGCUGCUCACUCCUUAUCUGUACAACUUCUUGGAUGCCAUGAUCACCUGCCAAACUGCCCCUGAAGAGGCCUUUCAUAAACUUGAUGAGUUGGCGGGGAAUCUGACUGAGCAACUCCGGAAACUCACCAAGGAAGUGCAGGAGUCCAGGAAAAAUCGAGACGACGAGGCUUUAAGGAAGGCAGUUAAUGAGUAUGAUGAGACACUGGAGAAAUAUGUCCCUGUCUUCAUGGCCCAGGCCAAGAUUUAUUGGGACAUGGAGAACUACCCCAUGCUGGAGAAGAUGUUCCACAAGUCAGUGGACUUCUGCAAGGACCAUGAAGUGUGGAAGCUGAAUGUGGCUCACGUGCUGUUCAUGCAAGAGAACAAAUACAAAGAAGCCAUUGGUUUCUAUGAGCCGAUUGUGAAGAAGCACCAUGAUAACAUCCUGCAGGUCAGUGCCAUUGUGUUGGCCAACCUGUGUGUCUCCUACAUCAUGACUAGCCAAAACGAAGAGGCAGAGGAGCUGAUGAGGAAGAUUGAGAAGGAAGAAGAGCAGCUCUCUUACCAUGAGCCUGACAAAAAGAUCUAUCACCUCUGCAUUGUCAAUUUGGUUAUUGGGACUCUCUACUGUGCCAAAGGGAACUUUGACUUUGGCAUCUCAAGAGUGAUUAAGAGUUUGGAGCCUUAUAACAAAAAGCUGGGUACAGACACUUGGUAUUAUGCCAAGAGAUGUUUCCUGUCAUUGCUAGAAAAUAUGUGCAAGCAUGUGAUUGUGGUACGUGACAGUGUCAUUCAAGAAUGUGUCCAGUUCCUUGAGCAUUGUGAAGUGUAUGGCCGAAACAUCCCAGUUGUUAUUGAGCAACCACUUGAGGAAGAGAAGAUGCAUAGUGGGAAGAACACAGUUACCUGUGAAGCCCGGCAGUUGAGGGCACUGAUGUAUGAAGUUAUUGGGUGGAAUAAGUAAUGGUGGUUGCAUUCCCCAACCAAAUGGUAGGGGGGUCAGAUGAAUGAGUCACCUUGACUAAUCAAACCAUUUUAUAUUGGUUAAUAUUUUGUAUUUGUUAUAAAAACUUAUUUUGUUGUAUUGUUUGAUAUGAAAGUUGGCUUUUAGUAACAAAUACAAGACUGAUGGCACUAUUAAGUAACAGAAGAUGUUAGGUAUAAAUAUGCUUCAUUGUUAGACAACUGGUCUUUAGCAGGAAAGUUUGAACUAGCUUAGAGUAUUUUAUUAUUAAGUGUUUAAAAUAACUUGCUUUACACUUUAACUGAGUGCUGCCCUUGGUAAUGUUGGGUAAAACUUGUCAUUCUCUUUUAGAAUUUUUCUUUUUGGAAAUUACUUUUUAAAUUUUUUUGGUAAUUCAUAUAUAUUUUCAAAAUAAAUUCCUACAUUGUU